AUUUUUACUUUUGAUUUUUUUUGCGCCAAAUUGCUGCAAAAUAGACGCCCGGUGUGUCUUUCUUUACCUUAAUUACAUUUUAAAAAUAAAAUCUUGCAAAAAUGGCUUUAUGGGUGGAUAAACAUCGUCCUCGGGAACUACUUAAAUUAGAUUAUCACAAGGAACAAGCUGAAAAUUUAAGAAACCUAAGCCAACAGGGAGAUUUUCCGCAUUUGAUGUUUUAUGGACCAUCAGGAGUUGGUAAAAAAACUCGUAUUAUGUGUCUACUUCGAGAACUUUAUGGUCCAGGCGUAGAAAGACUCCGCAAUGAGACAAUGACAUUUACAACACCAUCAAAUCGUAAAAUUGAGGUAAUGACUGUUAGCAGUAAUUAUCACUUGGAGGUAAAUCCCUCAGAUGCUGGCAUGUACGAUCGUGUUGUUGUUAUUGAUCUAAUUAAACAAGUAGCACAAACACAUCAAAUUGAUCCCAAUGGCCAAAGAGAUUUCAAGGUAAUUGUUUUAUCAGAAGUAGAUGAAUUAACUAAAGAUGCUCAGCAUGCUUUGCGUCGCACCAUGGAGAAAUAUGUGGCCACUUGUCGUAUUAUAUUGUCAGUGAAUUCAACAUCAAGAGUUAUACCCGCCAUACGUUCUCGUUGUUUGGGUAUACGCGUGGCUGCUCCCAGCCCCACAGAAAUGUGUUCUGUUCUACAAGCCAUAAGUAAGCGGGAAAAUAUAGCUUUGCCUUCCGAAUUAGCCGAACGCAUAAUUGACAAAUCAGAACGAAAUUUACGUAGGGCUAUAUUGAUGUUAGAGGCAUGCAAGGUCCAACAGUAUCCAUUCACAGCCCAACAGGACAUAGUCGAACUUGAUUGGCAAGUAUUUUUGCGAGAAACCGCCAGUCAAAUUCUAACUGAACAAUCUCCAGCUAAAUUGGAAAAAGUACGCGAUCGUUUGUAUGAAUUGUUAGCUCAAGGUGUACCGCCCGAUGUAAUUUUUCAAGGCCUAGUUAAAGAGUUGGUAAGAAAUUGUGAUAUGUCUAUCAAGGCGAAGACACUAGAAUAUGCUGCUUUAUAUGAACAUCGUAUGCAAAAUGGUGCCAAACAUAUUUUCCAUUUAGAGGCAUUUGUGGCACAAUUUAUGAGUAUUUAUAAGAAAUUUAUUGCUGAAGCCAUGAUGAUGGACGAUUUUUAAGAAUAUCAUAAGUUUUUAGUUUUAGAAUCGUAUGUAUGCAUGUAUUUAAUUACAAUAAAAUUUUGGAAAUUACAGUAAAUAGAA